AUGAUCCGAAGCAGUGAUACCCAGCCGCAGAUCGAAUUAUCUUCAAUCUACCAAGAUGGGGCGAACGGCGCAAUCAACAACACGGAAAAGAUUUCUGCGAAUGUACACGCGGCCAACGAAUUAGCCGAUGAAGAGGGUUCUAUCGCAGAAAGAGGAGAGAAAAGGCCCCUCAACUUUUACCUCGCCUUUUUGGCCAUCAAUAUCGUUGUCUUUAUCUUUUCUCUUGAUUCUACUGGCCUCUCAGUGGCAAUACCGUCUAUUGCAGAGCAACUUCAUGGCACGACCCUACAAUCAUUCUGGGCUGGCAUUGCCUUCCUCUUAGCUACCGUCGUCACGCAGCCGCUAUACACCAGCUUGUCCGACAUCUAUGGCCGCAAAGGUUUAUUCCAAAUUGCCUUCUUCUUCUUCGCCGUUGGAUCUAUUGUGUUCGGGUUGGCCCCUAAUAUGCCAGCGAUUAUCAUCGGACGCCUGCUUCAGGGCUUGGGAGGUGGAGGCUUGGAUGUUCUCGGCGAGAUCAUUGUCACUGAUAUGACCGUGCUCAAGGAGCGACCGACCUUUCUUGGAAUUAUGGCUAUUCCGACCGCGGUGGGAAGCAUUCUCGGCCCAUCUCUUGGAGCAACCCUCUGCCAGGCAGUUUCACCAUUCAACAUAUAA